CACGUAUUCAGCCAGAAAACACAGCAGGGUGUAAUAUUAAACAUUUCUACCAUUAUGCAGGUUACUACGGCAGCCAUUUACUAUUUUAGAACCAUCUUAUCAUUCCAUCAUUAUGACAGACACGGCUCUCGACUAUUGGUUUCAGUAACAGCUGGCCAGUGCAGAUAAUAGGAAAGACAUAAUGUUAGCAAAGAGUAGGACGAGUUAGAAAAGAAAGAUCUGCAUAGGUUAGGGUGGAAGUAAACAGCAGACCUAAACACAAAAUGUGUUUAACUGUGUCUUUUUCAGUACAUAAUUGAUAUAAUUAUUAGGCGUCCAUAUAAACAUACCACACCCACUCAUCGAAGCAAACAAGCGGUAACGAUUUUUUAAAGGCAGCUAGUUUUGCUGAUGCAAAGUACCAUGGGUUGGAACAGCAGCAGUACAAUACAGUACAGUGUUCUAGGGAUGGUUGUGUGCCUUGUUGCUUUGCUUCUCAGCAAUAUCUUGAUCUACCUGUAUCUGGACUCCAUGUAUCACAAUGAUCAGCAGCUGGUGUCCUCUCGUGCUGGCUGUGUGCCUCAACACUUUAAAUUGGCAACCAUGAAAAAUUGCACUCCCUGGCUUCAGUGUUCACAGAUAAAUGCUGAGGUCCACAAGGUGAAACUGAUCGGCCAGGGAGCUGUUAAAAAGGUCUAUCUGGCAGAUUGGAGGGGUCAGAAAGUGGCUCUGUCCAAACUAUCAUCUUUGGAUUACCAGGAUGAUUUUUUCCACGGAUUAUCCAUGUUAAAGGCCCUACAGGGGCACCUGGUAGUGCAGUUGGUGGGGUCUUGCCUUGAAGACAACACCCUGGUCACAGAGCACCACCCAUUUGGUUCACUGCUUAACUUAGAUAGAGUUUUUGCACAAGAGCCACACCAGCAACACAACACAUGGCAGAUGCGACUCAGGCUGGCUAUUGAUUAUGUUUCCAUCCUCCAUUACCUCCAUAACAGCCCUGCUGGGCGGCGAGUUAUGUGUGAUUCCAACAGCCUGGAGAAAACACUCUCUCAGUUUCUACUGACAAGUGAUUUUCAUCUGGUAGUGAACGAUGUGGAUGCACUGCCUGAGGUGGAUCCAUCCAGAGGCUUGUUGGUCAAAUGUGGUCAUCGGGAGCUCAGCGGGGACUUUGUAGCCCCAGAGCAGCUGUGGCCAUUCAGAAACCAAGGACAGCAAUUUUCAGAUCAUCUCAUGCCGGAUUAUGAUGAGAAAACAGACAUCUGGAAGAUCCCAGAUGUGACAUGGUUUUUGAUGGGAAGGGUCCCCGGAGGAGAUUUAGUGCACUUCCAUCUUUUUCAGAUCCAUGAAGAGUGUAAGAAUCAAGACCCCAAGCUCCGCCCUUCAGCCCUGGAUGUUUUGAAAGUGUACAAGUCAGUCUACAGCAGCAUGGUGCGAGACAAUGUUGGCUUUAGAGACAUGCUGUAGAAUACAUGCUUGACUUAUCUCAAAAAGACUGUGAAAGUACAAUAAAAAUCCAAGCUACA